CCUCCGUGAACCCAUUCCUAGCCUUCUUCCUCCGCGAACCCAACAAGGGGGUUCCAUGAGGAACCCAAGACCUGGGUUCACGAAACCCAAAUCUGGGUUCCUCGCAGAACCCGGUUGCUGGGUUCGCGAAACUCGCAAGGAGCCCUGUAUUCUUCUUCUUCUUCUUGAUCGAACUCUGGGAUCUUCGUUCGGUUUCUGUUUGCCAACUUGUUUAUUUUGUCAGAACCGAGGACUCACCGCCACUUUCUUUAUGUUUUCCUUUAGUUCUUUACCUUCUUUCUUUCGAUUGAAACGCAUUCUGUAGUUUAGAUUGUGUUUUCUUUGAAUGUGUUAUGAAAUCGUGCUCGGUUUUGGUUGAUUUGCUGUAGAAUUGCUAGAAGUAUAUGGAGAUGGAAUUUGGAGAGUGUUUUGAGUUGAUUAGGAGUCAAAUUCUACUUUUAUUUUCUAUUGAUGAACCCAGGUGUGUGCUGGGUUCUUAGCGAACCCAAGACCAACCCAGCUCGUGCUUGGGUUCCCGACGAACCCAGCACAACCUGGGUGGGUUCGUCCUGGGUUCACAAUGAACCCAAGCAGGCGCUACAGGCACUUCUCCAAAGCAUUGUAGACAGGAACCCAAGCCCACCUGGGUUCGUCGUGAACCCAGGACAAACCCACCCAAGUCGCACUGGGUUCGUCGAGAACCCAGGCAUGAGCUGGGUUGGUCCUGGGUUCGCGAAGAACCCAGUGCGCACCUGGGUUCGUCAAGAACCCAAGAUGAAUCCACCCAAGCCUGGGUUCUUCACGAACCCAUGAACAAUUAAUCCAAGUCGCACUU